AUGAGCUCCUCUCAUCCUUCAAGAGGGGACAGGUGCAGAGAGAGAGCUGGCCAGGGAUAUAGGAGCAACCAUCAUGGACCGAAAGUGUCUCUGGGCAGGUGUAGUGGUCUUGCUGCUGCUUCAGGGAGGAAUCCCAAACUGAAAAUUCUCUUAUCCUUUGGGGACUAUGACUUUGGUUCCAGGUUCCACCGAGUGGUUGUUUCUUCUAUAUCACAUUUGGACUUUAUCAACUCUGUGAUCCUAUUUCUAAGGAACCUUAACUUUGAUGGGCUGGACAUAAGCUGGAUAUACCCAGAUCUAAAAGACAGUACUCAUUUCACUGAGCUGAUUCAGGAAUUCACAGAAACCUUUCAGAAUGACUUUGUAAAAUCCAAAAAAGAGAAGCUUCACUUGACUGCCGGAGUGUCUGCAGGGAGGCAGAUGAUGGAUAAAAGCUAUCAGAUGGAGAAACUGGCAAAAGCACUAGAUUUCAUCAACCUCCUGUCCUUUGACUUCCAUGGAUCUUGGGAAAACCCCCUUGUUGCUGGCCACAACAGCCCUCUGAAAAAGGGGCAGCUAGACAGAGGGACAAGCUCCUACUACAAUGUGGAAUAUGCUGUGGGGUACUGGAUAAAUAAGGGAAUGCAGGCAGAGAAGGUGAUCAUGGGCAUGAUCAUAUAUGGGUACACCUUCACACUGGCCUCUGCAGAAACUGCCGUAGGUUCCUCCGCCUCCAAGCCUGGAGCUGCUGGGCCCAUCACCAAGUCUCCAGGCUUCCUGGCCUAUUAUGAGGUUCAGUUUCUGAAGAAUUUAAACCUGGGAGGGGCUGUGAUCUGGUCUAUUGACAUGGAUGACUUCACUGGCAAAUCCUUCAGGCAAGGCCACUACCCUCUUGUCCAGGCUGUCAAGAGAAGUCUUGGCUCUCUAUGA